CCUCAUUACAUCCUGUUUAGCAAACUCUUCCAACUCUGUAAGGCAUAAUUAGUAAUUACAACUUUAAGAAGAAAAGAAAAACCAAAAAAAAGAAAAAGAAAAAGAAAAAACAAUGUCGUGGUUAGCUAGAUCCAUUGCUAACUCGCUCAAACUCGACGAAGACGACAAUGACCGCUCCAAUGUCGCCCCGAACCCGAAACCCGAAUCCGAUCCAACCAUCACCCAAUCCUCUCCCUCCCAUUCCCAUUCCGAUUCCUCAUCGGAUCCCAACACUCCACGUGGCGUUAAAGAAGACCUCUCCGAGCUCACUAAAACCCUGACCCGCCAAUUCUGGGGCGUUGCCUCCUUCCUCGCUCCGUCUCCUCCGCCGUCAUCGGACGAACCGCUCUAUCAAGCCGAGGAGGAUAAACCUCUCCGGCCGCCGUCCGAUGAUCCGGAAGAGUUGUCCGAUGAGGCAUUGAUAGCGGGAAUCCGCAGCGAUUUAUCGGAGAUUGGCGGAAAGUUCAAGACCGGAAUCUCGAAGCUGUCUAACAAUAUUGCCGUCUCGGAGUUCACUAAGAUCGCUUCGAAUUUUCUUCAGUUUGGAUCCGACGAAGAGAGUCUUGAAAAAUACGAGAGCGGAAACGUUGUCGGUUUGACCGAAGAAGUGGUCGCCUUUGCUAGGGAUAUCGCGAUGCAUCCAGAAACUUGGCUUGAUUUUCCUGUGCCUGAUAAUGAUGAUUUUGAUGAUUUUGAUAUGUCUGAUGCACAACAAGAACAUGCUUUAGCUGUUGAGCGUCUUGCACCAAGAUUGGCUGCUCUUAGGAUUGAACUUUGCCCGGGAUAUAUGCGUGAGAGUUGCUUUUGGAAGAUCUAUUUUGUACUUUUGCAUCCUCGACUAAAUAAACUUGAUGCAGAACUUCUGUCUACUCCCCAAAUAGUUGAAGCAAGAGCAAUGUUAAUGCAAGGGUUUCAGUACCAAGCUAAGGCAAAGACGGCAGAAGAUCAUUCUGAAAGUGGCACUUCAAAUAUAACUGCUAAUUUACCAUGUGAAAUUUCUCUUUCUGUGCCUUCUCCCACUCAAACUAAGCCUGUGCCACCCAAGGCAUCUGGAACUGAAGUGGCCGCUCUUGCUGUACCCGUUGAAAUUGAAACAGAGAAACACCCAGUUCAGAGUACUGAGAUGCAGGUUGUUGACAAGUCUGUCAUUGAGAAAGAGCCAAUGAAAGAGAUGGAACAUCAACAUUCGACAUCUGGAUCCUCUGGAGUUUCUAUUGAGAAAUUUGAAGAUGAUGGUGAUGACUGGUUAAAAGAGGAAAAUUUGGAGGUAGCUGGCACAAGUGCUACAACAAUCCCUCUUGGAAACGAUGAAGAUGUUUCUUUCAGCGAUCUUGAGGAUGAUGAUGCUGUGCCAAUAAGUUACAAGAAAGUGACAUCUGGCUCUGAUUCUUCAACGAAAGACUCAAGAGAUUGGGUCCAGCUCAGCAGGAGCUCUACAGACUCAGUUAAGGACGUUUGCUGUGUUGGUGAUAAACAUUCUGGUUCCGAGCAGGUAAGUGCUUGUAACCCUGAAACCAAGGAAUCAAAUGACUGGCUUGAUAUCGAAGAGAUCAUGUGAACCAAAAACCUUUCAGAUAUUUGUAUUCUAGAUUCAUCUUGCAUAUAACCUUGUGAAUACCUUGUGUAUUGUUUCUUCAAUCCGAUCUAAGGCUCUGGAAGCUUUGUGGUUUGUAUAUAAAACCCUGUCAAAAUUGGAUAAUUAUGUGCCGAUGCAAUAUUCAUGUAAUUUUAUCUCCAAUAAAUUAUGCACUUAAUAAUU